AUGUCGAAGCCUCCUGUUUCCUAUGCGAAGGUUGCAGCUGGCUCUUCUUCUUCCGCACCACCUCGGCAGGCGGGCUCUGUACCCAGAAAUGCGCAACCGCAGCAAGGUCCUCCUCCGCCCGGCGAGAUGAUACCUCCAACUGGUCCUCCCACCACCACAGCAGACUCUCGGUCAGGGCGUACGCUCAACCCUAGGGCGACUGAGUAUCAGCCCGGAUCCGCUCCUAUUUCUGCAAUGACUGGGACCGCCUCUACCAGCAGCACGUCGACACCUCAACAAAACCGCACUCAACCCCUGACGGCACCCCGGCAGGGCCGUGUUCUCAACCACAGGGAACCCCCGAUUGGUAGUGCUAUGGCAGCAUCACAACAGCAGUCGAGCCUCAACAUGCGGAGCAUGUCGGAUGCGCUUCCACAAAUGCAACAACCUGCUGUGAAACCCUCACAGACCUUGUUAGCAAAUCAUUAUGGGAUCAUCAUUGGUGGAUACAGAGAUCUGUACAGAUAUGAUCUGGAAUUCAAGAGGAUCCCGAAGCAGAAUGACCCCGAAAUGCAGGAUUCAAAGAAAGCUAAGAAGAACAAGGCUGGUGACGGCAUCGGCCGACCAAAGAAGAAAAGAAUUGUCUGGCUUCUCAUGAGGCAAUUGAAGAAUGCGAACCCCAAGAUCCCGUUGGCAACAAAUUACAGCACCCAGAUCAUAGCAGCAGGGACGUUCCCAAAACCAGAUGGCAUACCAUGGACGAUCCCAAUCAUAUACUUCGACGAGUAUCUGGAAGAGCCAGGUCCGGACCCAGAAACGUUUGAGGUUGUCAUUACCGGUCCCAAGGUUCUCUCCAUUACACGCUUGAUGCAGUACCUCGACCAGGGAAAUGCCUCUGUCAAUCGGAACAACUACUUCGACGAAGAAGACACUGUCGCUGCGUUGAACCUUGUUUUCAGCUAUCGGCCAUAUCAGAGAUGCUUUCCGGGAUUGAAUUCUGAACCGACUCUCACAACUCAAACAGGAACCACGUUUUACGGAGUUACAAGAUAUAUGCCAAAAAGCCAGGUGGUCACCUCGGACACAGGACCGCCUCAAGAACCCCCACAGCUCGGUGGUCUGGACAGCAUGGUUGGCUUUGCCAGGAGUGUCCGUGCAAUCAGCUGCCCACUAGGACGGCUCAAUUUGAACAUCAAUACAUCAUCAGCAAUCUUUUACGAGCGUGGCAACCCUGAGAACGUCCAAAGCCUGAUAUCAGCCUGGAUAUGGAAGCAUGCCCGUCACGGUCAAUGGAAUGAAGGCCGCUCGAGAGAGCUCAGUCGAUUCCUGCAAGGCCUCCGUGUCUGGACAAACUUCAAGGGAGAGCGGGCAGACCAUUAUGGAAGAAUCACCAAAUUGGCGAGGCCCGAUCCUCCUGCUUGGAGAACCCCAACCGCAACCAGUUGCACAAUGGUCACAUCAGGCUCGCAGACGACUGAGAGCGUGAGCCAGCACUUUCGAAGAGUGUACAACUGGAACCUCAACCAGAAUAGCUUUGUGGUUGUGCUUGGCGAUGGAGAGCACGCCAUAACGGUGCCUGCUGAGGGAUUGUAUGUCAUACCGGGACAAAUCAACAAAAAUACAAUCGAAUUGCCCAGUGGCGCAAUCAGAGAACCAUGGGAAAACAGAAACCUCAUCGAGGAGUAUGGUCGCUCAGUGUUUCUGGGCGCAGACAGACGCGAAGGAGGAGCACUGGAGUUUGGUCUCCAGCUCGAGUACGAAAUGUUGAAAGUGGCGGUCACCGGCCUUGAUAUACCCGGAAUCGAAUAUGGAAACAGCCGUGUCAAGCCGUUUAAGUGCAGACAGGGUUCUUGGGAUCUCAUGGAGACUAAAUACUUUCGACCCGCAAUCCGCCAAGAGCGUACUUGGACAUGUCUUGAUCUGUAUGCGGCAGAUAGCGAAAGAUCCCCAGUGCAGGCAUUGGCAAGUUUCAAAGACGCUUUUGCGAGUGCACUCGUAAACCAUGGCCUGACGAAUUAUUGGCAUCGUGGUGACGAGCUCGGUGAGAGCCAUUUGAGACUGCCACACAAUCCCCUGCCAGGAAUAUUCGAUGCGGCAAAGCUAGGUCACCAAUACGACACAAUUCACAAGAGACUAGCCAAAGAGAAGGCCGCUGGUUCGAAUCUGGUGCUGGUACUUCUGCCGUCCAAGAACAUUGAAUUGUACAGCGCCAUCAAAAAAGCUGCAGACCAAGAGGUUGGGAUUGCCACAAUCUGCCAUGUGAAGGGUCGGGGUAUCCCCAAAACUUCACCACAAUUGCAUUCAAAUCUGACCAUGAAAGCCAACUUGAAGUUGAGUAGAACCUCUGUGAACCAGAGAUUGUACAGCAAGGGGAAGAUCCUGACGAAUCGGACAAUGAUCAUUGGAAUUGAUGUCACUCAUCCAGGCAGCAGCGCUCUGACCGAUUCGCCCAGCAUUGCAGCUGUGGUUGGCAGCGUGGACGAUGAAUUUGCGCAGUGGCCAGUGAGUUUCAAUGUCAAUUACCCUCUCCCAAAGGACGAGGACCGAAAAGAUGGCAAGAGAAAACAGGCAAAUGAACAAGUGCUUGAUCUGAAGGAAUUGGUCUACCAGCGACUGAAGGCUUACUACGACUACAAGGGACGUCGUCAGAUACCUGACAAGCUCAUUGUGUAUCGGGACGGUCUUUCAGAAAGUCAAUUCGAAAUGUGCCGCACCCAAGAGCUGCCCAAGAUCCAGGCGGCUUUGAGUCAGAUAGUACAGCAGUAUGGGGUUUCAGGUGCUGUGAACCCGCCCAUCCUUCUCAUUUGCGCCGUGAAGAGACAUCAUACCCGACUGUAUCGACACCAACAUACCCACUCAAACCUCUUGAUCAAUGGAAAAAAUAACAACCAGAAUCCUCUGCCAGGAACUCUUGUCACAAGUGGUAUUACUUAUGGGAGAGGUCAAGACUUCUUCCUCAUCAGCCAGAAUGCCAUCAAAGGUACGGCAAGACCGACACAUUAUGUGGUUCUGUCCAAUGAGAGCAAUCAUCACUUGCAAGAUAUUGCGCAGAUGACUCACAAUCUGUGCUUUCUCUUCGGUCGUGCAACUCGCUCGGUUGGUGUUUGUCCGGCAGCAUACUAUGCCGAUCUUGCUGCCGACCGCGCGCGAUGCUACGCCAGGCAUAUCUACAACCCAGCGGAGAAGAGACAAUUCGAUCGAGGAUCGGAUCGGCUCAAUCUCGACAUUGCGGCAGACUUGCAGGAGACAAUGUUCUACAUCUGA